CAUUGUAUUCUGGGAGAAAACAUUUGAAAAGGAUAGACCUUUACAUGUUUCUAUGCCGUAGCGCACAUUCCAAGGACUAAUAAACAAAUUUAAAAAAAAAAAAAUCAAAGGAAGCCAUCCCUCUCACAGAAUGACUGUCCAAAUCCAUUUCCAACUCUAAUUUCAACUUUCAAUUCUUCAUCACACACGCUCACUUCAUAUCAAACUCACAUUUUCACUCUUACACCUCUUGGUGUUUACCUCUGUUCAUUUCUCGUUUUUUCCUUAAACUGAUUCUACCCUUUUGUGAGAAUCUCCUCUCCAGUGCCCCCCGUGAAUUUCGAAGCUCUCAAAAGUUCAAUCUUUCUCUUAAUUGGAUGUAAAAAAGCUGGCGGGUGUUUUGGGUUUUGACUCUUCUCCGGGAAAUUCGUUCCUCACCAGAAUAAUCAAAACAUGGCUAAUUUUGAGAAUGACAAGCGCCCAAUGUUGUCGGAUACAGAUGCACAACCAUACGAUGAACCUUCGGAUUCUAAAUUCCGAAGGAUGGUAACCAGGACUCAAAGCGCUUCAAUUUCUAUUCCCAUGAGUUCCUUGGAGUCAUAUGAGAAAGAAACUAGCCUUGUGGGACAUACUGGUCCACUUCUGAGCAAGAGAAAAACACCCUAUAUGCAUAUGAGUGGUCCAUUAUAUGCUACCACUGGAACUGGAAAUCUUUUGCAGAAGCAUGUUGUAUCGGGAAACAAAGCAGAUGACAGAAAUACAGAUAAUUUUUCUACUCUCCAUGGCUCAAGUUCAAAUUACCAAAAUAGUGACUAUGAUAGAAAAAAUGAACACUUACUAAGGUCUGGGCAACUGGGAAUGUGCAAUGAUCCUUAUUGUACUACUUGCCCUACUUACUUCAAUGCUUCUCAGCAAAGAAAUCCAAAAUCUUCUGCUAGAUGGGAUCCAAAGUUCCAUAAUGCUCUUUAUGGGGAUGCCAAGAGUUUUGUGAGGAAACUUCCUUCUUUAUUUUCUUCUUAUGUUCCUGGAGUUAUGAACCCUCACGCUAAAGUUGUACAAAAGUGGAGCAAAUUUUUGGCCAUUUUUUGCUUAAUUGGUAUUUUUGUGGACCCAUUGUUUUUCUUUUCACUCUAUGUGGAGAAGGUGAAUAAAUGCAUUGUUAUCAACUGGCCAUUGGCAACAACACUUGCUUUAGUUAGAUGCGUGAAUGAUUUUGUUUAUUUCCUUAACAUUCUUCUCCAGGUAUCGUCUCGUUAAUUACCUUUUCGUAAACCCUUUCUCCUAUCCCCUGAAUUUUCAUUUGUGCAAAUCCUUUUCCUCAUAUAAUGGUCAAACUCUGUCAUUGAUGCCAGGUUUUUAUUAAUCUAUGUUCUUAGUUUUGAGAAGGUAUAUAUUCUGAUGCAUGUCCUUCAGCAUAAUAACAGAGUUUAGUUUCGUAUAAGCCAACUUAAAGGGAGUUUAUUCUAUUCAAAUAAGAUGUUACUAUCUCAUUCUGCAAGUAUGUCUACAUCCUGUUUGGUUACCCACCCAUAAUUUCACUUAACCACACCCCAUUCAAGACAAUUGCUCC